CGUAAACAUUGACCGCGAGCGAGAGCGGCCAGAACUCUUGAGUCCCUCGUCUUAUUUAUCUUUUUCCGACAUAAAAGGAGGCUCAAGAUGGAUAAUACAUCUUGGACUGCUCCCCCAGGGGCAGCCCAGCCCAUGGGAAUUCAGUCAACUGCAGGAGCCGUACCUAUUAUGAAUGAUAAAGGUGAGGUGUCCAUGAAAAAAGUGAAAGUACAGCGUUAUGUGAGUGGAAAGCGACCAGACUAUGCCCCAGCAUCAUCAGAUGAAGAAGAGGAAGAGGAUGAAGACUUCACUAGACCACGAGGUGCUGCUCCCCCCUCACCCCCCACACACAAAUCCCUCACAGAGGCUGAGAUGGCUGACCCCAGGUUACGGCGUCUGCUGGCCAACCGACAGAGGCCACCCAGUGAGGAUGAGUUAGAGGUUGAAAUGCCAAGGAGGAGAGUUGUACAUCAGGCAGAAAUUGUAGACAUGAGUGAAGAAGAGAGAGAAGAGGAAGAGCAUGAGGAUGAUAUGUCUGAUGACAUGCCUGAUAUCCCACCUGUACGGCCAGAAGUGCGCACUAGCCAUCGCCUGGCAGAGUCAGACAGUGAAUCAGAAGGGGAGGUUGAUGAGAAUGAGCUGGCUUUGCGUCGCCUCAAUCUCCGUCAGCGAGCAUUGCAGAAGAUCCAGCAAGAGGAGGAGUUGUUGGGUAAAGAAGAGGAAGGCAGCGAAGAGUCAUCAGAAGAAGAGAGCUCAGAGUAUUCAGAAGAGACAGAUUCAGAGGAGGAAGGGCCCAGACUAAAACCAGUUUUUGUCAGAAGAAAAGACAGAGUCACAAUUCACCAAAAGGAACAGGAGCAGGCCAGAGUAAAGCAGCAAGAAGUAGAGACCAGGAAGAGGGUAGAAGAACGCCGCAGAGAAACACUCCGCAUGAUUGAACACGAGCACCGCCAGGCAGCCAACAUCCGCAAUGCCAUUGAAAAUGGAGAUCCCAUUGAUAACAUCAACACAGAUGAUGAAGCUGAUGAUGCAGAAUAUGAGCUAUGGAAAUUGCGGGAACUUAGAAGAUUAAAGAGAGAUAAGGAGGAAAGAGAAGCUGCAGAGAAGGAGAGAGAGGAGAUUGACAAGCUGAGAAACAUGACGGAGGAAGAGAGACGAAUUGAGCUGCGCAACAAUCCCAAGGUAAUCACCAACAAAGCUACCAAAGGGAAGUACAAGUUCCUGCAGAAGUACUACCACCGUGGCGCCUUCUUCCUGGACGAGGAGGAGGAUGUGUUCAAGAGGGACUUCUCAGGGGCAACUCUUGAGGAUCACUUCGAUAAGACUAUUCUGCCGAAGGUCAUGCAAGUCAAGAACUUUGGCCGCUCGGGUCGGACCAAGUACACGCACCUUGUAGACCAGGACACCACCUCAUUCGACUCCCCCUGGGCUGCUGACUCGCAAAUGAACCACAAGUUCUUCAACGGCAAUGCAGGCGGGAUGAAGCAGAUGUUCGACAGGCCCACUGUCAAGAAGCGAGCUGCCCCGGCCGCCAACAACAAUGCUAAUGUCCGGAAAUAAAGAGAGGAUUGGUGUGAAGGAGGGAAGGAAGACAGCAGGAAAUGAUGGGAAGAAUUGAAGGAAGAAGAAAGUGGAAUGUCAAUGGUGUAAACUGGACAAGAAGGGAGAUGGUGGUUCUUCACUCUGGGUACAACUGACCUUUACAAAUUGUGUUUGUUGCAGGCAGAGUUGCAGUUUCUCUAUUUGGAAAUUAGAUAGAAAUGCCCUAUAUGAGUAAAAUUGAAAUGGUAGGAAUAUGAAGGAAGAUCACCCACACUCAUUCACAUGUAUAACACCUAUACAUACACACCUCUUCACUUUCUGUUUUUUACUUUUCUUUAUUCAUGCAUUUAAUAUUUCAUUCAUUCAUCAAUUCACAAAAACAGAAAAAAAUCAUAAAUCCAUUAAAACAGAUGCCCUUUUGGCCUUAUCACUAAUUCAGC